AUGACGGAUUUCGUGCGAAACUGCAAACGCCUUUGUCAAUGCGAAAUAUGGAAACUUUCAAAAGAGGGUAGAACUUACGGGGCUUUUCUGAAUUACAAGGGGAAGCUUUGGAGGGUCGUGGUGGGGGUGGCAAGCUCAGAAGCCGGAAGUGCUAGUCAAGGAGGAUCGGAUUCUGGUUUUGGCGUUCGAAGGGGUAAAUGUAAAUGGUUCAAUGUAGCGAAGGGUUGGGGGUUCAUAACCCCAGAUGAUGGGGGUCAGGAUGUUUUUGUGCAUCAGAGUGUAAUUCAAAUGCAGGGUUUUCGGUCACUCGGUGACGACGAAGAGGUAGACUUCGAAUGUAAAGUUUCGGAUAAAGGGCUUGAAGCCACCAGGGUAACAGGAGUAAAUGGUAGUGAAUGUAGAGGGUCUCAUAGGAGACCAGUUUCGAAAAAACGAUUUAGAAAAAUUAGAUGCUACAAUUGCGGUGAAUUUGCAAAUCACAUUGCCGCAAAAUGUUCUCUGGGACCUCAACCAAAAAGGUGUCACAACUGUAAAAGUGAGGACCAUCUGGUCGCAGACUGUCCUUUCAGGACAGAAAGACAAAGGACGGAAAGCACUGCGUCGGGAUCGACGCUUGAGCAGAGAAGGGAUGAAGGAAAAACUUCGCCUACAUCUCAACCACCGAGCGCUAUCUAGUAGGUAAUAACUGACUUAAAACACAACACCCCUUAACAUUCGAGGGGUGUCUUUUCGAAAUUGUAGCCAUUUAAAGUGUUACUCAUAGGUGGCGACAGCUUUUGAAUUUUUGAACGAAAAUAGUGUGUUUUUGAUAAAUGUUUUUACAGUAGUAACAUAAUUACUCAGAAGUGAUAUUAUUUGAAAAAAGCAACGUAAUAUCACACAAAAAACAAAAAAAUAUUUUUUUACACUUUAAUAUAAAUAUUAUUUCCAAUAAUUGCCUCACCGUAUCAUUACUUGUCUAAUUUGAUUAAAGUUUUAUCACUUUCUACUUCAUAGUUAACCAUUCUCUUUUAUGGCAUCAAACAAUAUAUAGACUGCUAAAUUAACA